UUAGACCCUCUUUAUCUUUUCCUGGGGCUUGUUAGAAAAUAAUCCUCUUGGAUCAGUUGUCUUUGUGAGAGAAACGGUACAUUAGUGAUGAGCACAGGCAGAAUACUCAGAACCGCUGCUUUGUCCUGGAUGUCGGAUGUAGACAACGUGACUGGGGGCCAGUCCCAGGACUUGGUUCUGCAGCCUGUUUGGGACUAUCUCCGCCAGAACCACCACGACCUUCUGAGGAGCCCUCUCUUCCCUGUGGUCCUCUCAGUCACUACUUACUUCAUGCUGGUUGGUCUUUACACUGUGCUGGACCUGCUGGCUCCCACCUGGCCCUGCAUCAACCGUUACCGGCUGCAUCCCGACAAACCCAUCACCUGGCCCAACAUCUGGUCCACCCUGGGCAUCACCAUCUACAAUCACCUGCUUUUUGUUUUUCCUGCUGCUGUUGCACAGUGGCUGUGGAGGCCACCCACCCCUCUGCCUCGUGAAGCACCCACUCUCUGGAGCUUCUUCCUGGGCAUCCUGGGCUGCAUGGUUGUGUUUGAUUUCCAGUAUUACCUGUGGCACCUGCUGCACCACCGGGUGCCCUGGUUGUACCGCACUUUCCAUGCCAUACACCACCAGUACAACCAGCCUUUCAGCCUGGUCACCCAAUACCUGUCUGGUUGGGAGUUAUUCAGCGUGGGAUUUUGGGCAACAGUGGACCCCAUCCUGCUGCAGUGCCACUGCCUCACCACCUGGGCCUUUAUGGUCUUUAACGUCUACGUAUCUACUGAGGACCACUGUGGCUACGACUUUCCUUGGGCAACACACAACCUGGUGCCCUUUGGCCUUUGGGGUGGUGCCCCCAAGCAUGAUGCUCACCACCAGCGUCCUGGCACUAACUUCGCCCCAUUCUUCUCACACUGGGACUGGCUGGGGGGAACCCACACUGUGCCAGCUCCCUCCAGCCACGCCGCCACGGGAGAGCCAGAACAGUUGAAAGGGAGAAAAGACUGAGGAGCCUGAAUAAAUCUCUUACUGACUCUGCCUCUCUUUUACUCAAACUGCCUCUUUUGUACCUGCUCAAAUUCCAAUGCACUGUUUUUUUCUCUCUGCUCUCCUGCAGACCGAUCUUUCCCUCUUUUGCCUCCCAGCAUUUCAUUUGAUUUUGAUAUUAUCAUAUUUACUCACUUUAUUUGGCAUUUUUCUCUGCUGAUAAUCAGUCUAACAUUACUCAACUGUGUGGUAAGUCAUCAAAACGGAAUAUCUUUCGUGUGUGUGUGUGCUUUGGUAGAUUACCCUAUACUGUUGUAUAUGCACAUUUGUCUCUUAGAAAUUUCUCAUUUAUGUUUCUAUUGGCAUUCUCAGGUCAGUUUCCAUGUAUCUUUUUCACUUAUUUGAGUAAUGAGUAAAGAAAAAAACUAUGUGUUGGUUAAAAAUUAGCAGCCCUGACUGAGCUUCUGCUGACGGUGCGUGGUGUGAUCUGUCAGGGUGAUUAUGCGCACUUUAGCACGGACGCUCGCCCUCUCUCUCCCUCCUCAGCGCUGACCCUCUCACUAGCAUGAAUGCCGUCUUUUAGCUCCAUCCCAGAAUGAUGCGUGGGCGCAAUACUAAUCUAUCAUUCUGUCUUAGAGACAAACUGCUCCUGCUGGAGUAGUUCUCAAUUAAACUCCUCAAAAGAGUAGAUGUGAUAUGAAAAGUUUACUACAGAAACUUAGCUAUCUCAGUGUUAGGAAGACACAUAACUUGAGAUGAUUCAGACAGCAAUCAAGUAAAAUAAUUUGCCAGUGCAGUAAGAUGAUUACACUUGGUAAAAUUUUUUCAGAAAAGAAAAACCUUGAACUUAAGACAAGUGAGAAAUAAGGGGUGAAACACUCAUUAUAAACUCAAAACUACCCCGUUAAUGCUUCUUUCAGUGUUUCUUUUUUCUUGAGAAAAGAUCUUAAAACAAGAAGAACUAACAAGAGCAUCUUUUA